AUGGAGGAAGAAGAUUCCGACGAUAGUGGAGUGCUAUCCUUACCUGACGAGCCAGCAACAUAUGUUCGAGUUGAAAAUUACGUGAAGGACUUACCUGACAAUACAAUUAGUGAAAAUCUUUAUGAUAAUAUACCAUCAAGACAAAUUUAUUCUCAAAACGUUUAUGGUUUACCUAAACCGGAGUUAAUUAAAUUUAGUGGGAAUCCUGCUGAUUAUUGUAAAUUCAUCAGCAAUUUUGAAACCAAUAUCGAGCCUAGGGUUAGUGACAAUAGAUUAAAAUUAAAUUAUUUAAUUCAAUUGUGUCAGGGUGAAGCACAAUAUUGUAUCGAAGAUUGUGUAAUUUUGUCUCCGGACGAAGGCUAUUUAAGGGCUAAAGAAAUCCUUAAAUCUAGGUACGGUAAACCACAUUUAGUGGCCCGGUCCCAUGUAGAUAGUUUAGUAAAUGGCAGUGCCAUAAAAAAUAAUGACGUAAAGGGUCUAAUGAACCUGUCACUCCAUAUGGAGAAAUGUCAUAUGACCUUGACACAGCUAGGUUUUAUGUCCGAUGUGAAUAAUACGGAAAACCUACGCAAAAUAGUUAGGAGACUUCCACUUCACAUUCGGUCCCAGUGGGUCGAACGUGCAAGUAGCCUGAUAGAGCAGGGGCUCGAACCAAAUUUUAACCAUCUUCUAACCUUUGUGAGGGAACGGUCAAUUGUAGCCAAUACAAUGUAUGGUUAUGACCUUGCGAAUGAGUCAAAACAAACAGUGAAUUCGCAAAGAAAUUCCCACAUAAACCCUCCUCAGCGUAAUAAAGUAGUUACACUGUCCACUGGCUCUGAUAAGAGAAAUUUAGGUAAAUCUCCCUUAAAGAAAUCCGCUAGGGGACGAUUAUCAUGUAUUUAUUGUAAAAAGGCCCAUAAAUUAAGGGCAUGCGCAGAGUUUCGCUCCAUUGAUAUUGAUUCAAAGCUGAGAGUUAUCAGAGAGCAUGAAAUGUGCGAAAACUGUUUGUAUUUCAAACAUGUUGCCGAAAAUUGUAGGCAAAAUAGUUUUUGUGAGGUUUCAGGUUCUACCGGGAAACAUAAUACAAUGUUUCACCGAGAUUCUAGUAAAAUCGACAAAUUUACAAAUGUUGAGGAUAAAUAUGUUGCGGCUUCCGAAUCGAGGUGUAAACAAAACAAGGUAAGUUUACGCAUAGUUCCUGUCGUCGUCGGAACGAAAACUAUGCAAGUAGAAACGUACGCUCUCCUUGAUGAAGGGAGCGAUGUAACGCUUUGUAGCGAAAGCCUUGUAAAAAGGCUUGGGGUUAAAAGUAAACCAUGUAAGUUCACGUUAACUACAGUGAACAAGUCUGGUCAUAAUAUAAAUGGCAAGGAAGUUAAACUACAGGUAAGUGCAUUAAAUGACGGUCAGGUCAUUGACCUUCAAAAGGUAUGGUCUGUAAAAACCCUGCCUAUAUCCUUGCAGUCGUUGCCAGACCAGUCUGUGACAGGUAAGUGGAAACACCUUAAUGGUACAAUUUACCGAAGAUUGAUGUAA